AGAUUAGAACGGGACAAUAACUGUCCCUAUAAAUCAACGUAGCCCGGAGCUGCACUAGGUAGAGAAAGGAACACCGUUGGUUUGGUUUCUUCGUCCAUUACUGGAUUGGGUCGAUUCUCAAUUUGGGAAGAGAUGGCUGUUGAGAAGUCUGGGAUUGCCAAGGAUGUCACCGAAUUGAUUGGGAAUACACCAUUGGUAUACCUCAAUAAUGUAGUGGAUGGCUGUGUCGCUCGUAUUGCUGCCAAGCUCGAAAUGAUGGAGCCCUGCUCUAGUGUUAAAGACAGGAUUGGAUAUAGUAUGAUUGCUGAUGCUGAAGCAAAGGGCCUUAUAACACCAGGGCAGAGCGUGCUAAUUGAGCCGACAAGUGGAAAUACUGGUAUCGGGCUGGCUUUCAUGGCAGCAGCAAAACGUUACAAGCUCAUUAUCACGAUGCCUGCCUCCAUGAGUUUGGAGAGAAGAAUCAUCCUCCGAGCUUUUGGUGCUGAGCUGGUCUUAACAGAUCCUGCUAAAGGUAUGAAGGGGGCUGUUCAGAAGGCAGAGGAGAUAUUGGCCAAGACUCCCAACGCUUACAUACUCCAACAGUUUGAAAACCCUGCUAACCCAAAGAUACACUACGAAACAACUGGACCUGAGGUAUGGCAAGGCUCUGGUGGCAAAAUCGAUGCCUUUGUCUCUGGGAUAGGUACAGGUGGGACUAUUACUGGUGCUGGAAAGUACCUUAAAGAGCAAAACCCAAACAUAAAGCUUAUUGGUGUGGAACCAGUUGAAAGUCCCGUCCUAGCUGGGGGAAAGCCUGGUCCACACAAGAUCCAAGGAAUAGGUGCUGGUUUCAUUCCAGGUGUUUUGGAACUCAACCUCAUUGAUGAAGUCAUUCAAAUAUCAAGUGAUGAAGCGAUUGAGACAGCAAAGCUUCUUGCACUGAAAGAAGGUUUACUUGUCGGAAUAUCAUCUGGUGCAGCAACCGCAGCGGCAAUUGAAUACGCAAAGAGGCCUGAGAAUGCUGGAAAAUUGAUAGUGGCGGUGUUUCCUAGCUUCGGCGAAAGGUACCUAUCCUCAGCCCUAUUUGAGUCGGUGAGAAAGGAGGCAGAGAGCAUGAUUUUCGAGCCCUGAGGCUGGUUUCUUUACUAGUUCUGGACCUGUUCAGGGGUUUUGCCGUUCUGUAUGCAUAUGAUUUUCUCUCAAUAAAGUUAUUGUGACUUUUCGGAGCUUGAAGCGUAACUAAAAUACCUCGGUUACGUUUUUAGUGAGAGUAAUUUUGGUUACUUCUUAUGACCUA